GUUACGCGUGCCCAUGCGCAAAAGGUCUGAAAUAAUUUGUUGAUAUCCUGCUUGAGAGUAUUUUUGUAGACUGUUGUGCAUCGUAGCUAAAUCAAUCCCCAGUGUGGAGUUUUAUCUGCAUGUGGAGUCAACUGAAACGUAAUCUACAUGAAGAGCUGAUGGAAGACGCAAGAGAUUUGGCUGAACGCACCCCACGUUCAGAGCGGAAAAGGAGAGACUCGUUUGGCAUGUUUGAUGGGUAUGACAGUUGCAGCGAUGACUCUACCAGCAGCUCCAGCUCAGAGGAUAGUGAGGAUGAAGUCGUGGCCUCAAUUCCUGCAAACCUACCCAUCAUCAAAAACAAUGGCCAGGUGUACACCUAUCCUGAUGGCAAAGCAGGAAUGGCCACCUGCGAGAUGUGUGGAAUGGUUGGAGUACGAGACGCUUUUUACUCCAAAACGAAACGCUUCUGCAGCGUGUCUUGUUCCAGAAGUUAUUCAUCAAAUUCAAAGAAAGCAAGCAUUUUGGCAAGACUCCAGGGCAAACCUCCAACGAAAAAGGCAAAAGUGUUGCAGAAACAACCUCUCAUGGCAAAGUUGGCAGCAUAUGCCCAGUACCAAGCAAGUCAACAGAACCAAGCCAAGUCAAAAGCCAUCAUCCCUUCAGAGAGCUUUGACUGGGGGAGGUACAUCUGUAGCAAUAACACACUUGGAGCACCUGUCAGUUGUUUUAAGCAUGCGCCUAUGGGGACGUGUUGGGGAGACAUUGAAGAAGGAGUAAGGAUUGAAGUACCCAACACUGACUCCAACCUCUCGACAAAGGUGUACUGGAUAGCAGAAAUAAUAAAACUAGCAGGGUUCAAGGCACUCUUGCGGUUUGAGGGCUUUGACAAUGACACAAGUAAAGAUUACUGGUGCAAUCUCUGUAUUCCUGAUGUACACCCAGUGGGAUGGUGUGCUUCCAAUGGCAAACCUCUUGUACCUCCAAAAAGCAUACAGCAUAAGUAUUCAAACUGGAAGGGCUUUCUUGUGAAACGUCUCACGGGGGCAAAAACAUUACCUCCUGACUUUAAUACAAAGGUACAUGAGAAUAUGCAGUUCCCGUUUAAGAAAUUCAUGCGUGUAGAGGUGGUAGAUAAGAACUACCUGUGCCGGACACGGGUGGCACUGGUAGAGCAGGUGAUUGGUGGACGCCUCAAGCUGGUCUAUGAGGAAACCCAGGACAAUUCAGAUGACUUCUGGUGCCACAUGCACAGUCCCCUCAUCCAUAACAUAGGCUGGUCGCGAAGUAUUGGACAUCGGUUUAAACGAUCAGAUGUCGCAAAGAAAACUGAGGGUCAAGUUGAUGCACCUGCACAGCUUUUCCAGAAGGUAAAAGAUGUGGACCAGACGGGGGAUUGGUUCAGAGAUGGGAUGAAAUUGGAAGCCAUUGAUCCUCUCAACUUGUCAACCAUAUGCGUAGCGACUAUAAGAAAGGUUUUGGCAGAUGGGUACCUCAUGAUUGGGAUAGACGGCUCAGAGGCUGUGGAUGGAUCCGACUGGUUUUGCUACCAUGGCACCUCCCCCUCUAUUUUCCCUGUUGGCUUCUGUGAAAUCAAUAACAUUGAACUCACACCUCCUAGAGGCUACACUAAACUGCCAUUUAAAUGGUUUGACUACCUCAAAGAAACGGGCUCUGUAGCUGCUCCUGUCAGGUUCUUUAACAAGGAGCUUCCAAACCAUGGUUUCAGACAAGGCAUGAAACUUGAAGCUGUUGAUUUAAUGGAACCACGGCUAGUAUGUGUUGCUACAGUGACAAGGAUUGUGCAUCGGCUACUGAGGAUUCACUUCGACGGCUGGGAAGAUGAGUAUGACCAGUGGGUUGAUUGCGAGUCGCCUGACCUCUAUCCAGUUGGCUGGUGUCAGCUAACAGGCUACCAGCUCCAACCUCCAGCCUCACAAGGUAACAGAGAAAUGUCCCAGUCGGUGCCGAAGCAAAAGAAAAAGGCCCAACAGUACAAAGGCCACAAGAAAAAGAGGAAGAUUCCGGUUGGUCGACGGCCCUUCAGUCAGGCAGGCAGGAGGAGGAGCAGCUUCUCAGGGGAUGAAGAGCAGAGUCCGCCCCCUUACCAUGCGCAGGGGCACACUCGGCCCCGGCCAAGAACCCAUCUCCAUCAAAUCCACAAAUCGGAGUCUCUCAUAAGAAUGAAAGAGGAGGCGGCUGAGUUGGAUGAGUUCACUUUCUCGCAGGGGGCCUCAGACCAAGAGAGCAAUGGCUCUGGCAGCUACUACAUCAAGCAGGAGCCCUGAUGUUACACGGAAAGGAAUGAGCAGGCAGAACCAGGACAAGGACACAAUCAAAUAAUUGCGACCACACACUCAAGCUAGUCUCCACCCACUUUUGCUCCAUGUCUCCUCAGUGAAGGAGAGAAGGUUGAUCUCCUGCUUCUUAAAAAAAACCCUGAAGGGAGCAUUUCUGUGAACAGCCCUCUAUCCUUUUAGCUAUAUGCACUAACACAAUCAAAAAAUCUGUAUGAGAGAGUUAGAAAGCCUCCGGGCUUUGUUCACAAAUGUUUGGGCAUUCUCCUUGUGUACCAUCUUCAGCUUUCUCAGCUUCAACUUUUUCCAGACAAAAAGAUAACUAGAGUGUGAAGAGCAACGCUUGUUCGAGAGGAGAAUUUUACUUAACUUUUACAACAUCAACCAGUCCUGCCUCUGCCAUAAUCUGGGCCGCACAUAGAGAUCUGUUGAAACUGUGAGAACCAUUUAUUGAGCCAGGUCUUAAGUUUAUUUGUCGUUGUUAUUGUCGGUUGUUUUAGUUUGUUUUCAGGACCGAGUUUUCAGGAACAACCUGAAAAAAGAAACGGAAGCCAAUAGACAACAACAAAGUUGUAAACAAAUUCUUUGCUUUCUUUAAAACACAUUUCCAGGGUGACUUUAACUUAAUAGUACUUGAAGUUUUUGUUUUAUUUUGUUAUUAUUUUGUGUAUUUUUUCAUAUUUUCUUUAUGCUCUCUUGCGUUUUCACUUUUUGUGGUUGUGUGGGAAUUGUAACGUACAUUGUUCUAUUAUGUAAUUAAAUUCAUAUAAGAUGUGGGAAGCUAUUGUAAUAGACCUUUAAAGUUUAGAUAAAAUAUACUUAGAUUUCAAGAGGACUCUUAUUACAGUAAAGUACAGUACUGUUCAAAAUUUAUGACUUGUUUCCACAGCUGCAUUUAUUCCUUAUUCAAUCAUUACAGAACCUAAAUUACCAUUAAAUGCUACAAUAUAAUUUCAUAGUUAGCAAAAAUGACCAUUUACUAAAACAUUAGUUUUUAUUGUGGGUUCCUUUUUCAGGUGUUUUGAUAAUGUAUCAUUUGGAAAAAGGUAUUCUCAGUUCUCAGCAUUCAGUAAAAAAAACUACUUUUUUUGGUUUGUUUUUUAAAAAGAAUGGAUUAUAGCCUAUUCCUUAUUUUUGUUAUCAGAAUUCUACCUCUGCAAAUGAAAUUAUUUGCUGGCUUUUUUUUAUUGAUUGGUUGACUAUUGAUUAGUUGCUUAUUUAGAACAUUAAAGAUGCAUCUGGUUCACUUCCACACAUACAUUUUCACUGCUGCAUCUUUAGUUAAAAACAUAUUUUUGAAGAAAUACAUAGCACAAAUGUACUCUAGCACAUUCCAUUUAGAUUCUGCAAAUAAUUUCUGUGUGAAGUUGAUGAUAAAGGUAUUCUUUGUAUUUUAUUUUUUUUAUAUACAUUUUGAAACCUUCCUUCAUGGUCCAUGGUAAUGCUGCACUCAGGUUACUAUAGAGUACAGUAGCCAUAACAGCCUAAAUAAGCUUAUUACAUCGAACAAAUAUCUUCAGACCAACCAAGAGACGGUGUUUUUGUUAAAAAGAUUUAUAUGGAUCAUCAGGAACCUGCUGAAUUGCCCAGUAUGAUGCAUUUGUUUUCCAUAAUAAACAGAUGGGGAAAAAAACUUUUAUGCUGUAAUGUUGAACUGUAAUGAUGUAGCUGUGGAAAUUCAAACUUUUUUCAAGAAUUUUUUUUUUUUUAAGAGAAUAAGGAAUCAUGUUCGCAGGUUGUGGCUAAAUUAAAAAAAAAAAAAAAAACCUUGCUGAUAUGAUGGGGUACAUUUAGAUAGAUAUUUUAAUCUCACAGUACAUGUUUUCAUAUGUACACUUUGAGUGAUGUUGCUAUCAGUUGCUAUUCAUAACCAGAUGGUUCACUCACUCAUUACUGUCCAAAACCUAUCUGGUUCAGAAGGGUGUGUUUUGGACCACGACUGCAGUAUUCACAAAUCAAGUACUUUCUUGUUCCCGUGGAAUCUGCAGUGUGCGACCAAAAACCCCACUUUAACUUGUUUGAUUACAAUUCUUUUGUUCUCUCUUUAAAACAUAAAAAAAAAGUUUAUUUAAUACUGUAAAAGUUACCGGGCAUGUUAACGGGCAUGAAUAUACACACAUCCACGUAUAUAUUUAUUUAUAUAUAUAUAUAUAUAUAUAGAUGUAUAUAUAUUUAAAUAUAUGUGUAUGUAUAGAUGGAUAGAUGUGUAUGUAUAUACAUAUGUAUAUAUAUGUAUAUGUAUGUGUGU